AUGCAGCACCUACCAACAGAGAUUCUCGGAAUGAUAGGGAAGUUCAUCGCCUUGGACAUAGAUGAGGAUUGCGAAAGGAUACGGAGAUCGACCUUGCUUGCUUUGACUCUGUGCUGUCAGAAAUUCCACAGGAUAUUCGAACCAUUACUCUAUUACCAUCUUGACCUGGGCUAUGCCCACUCCCUCACCGGCGCUCAUAUCCAUCUUAUUAUUCGCUUCUGGAGAUAUCCUGAGGUAGCAGAUUGGGUUCGCAGCCUCAGACUUUACUGGGAUAGUAACGAGCCUAUCCCUAUUUAUAAAGCCAGUCAUGAGGAUAUUGAGAGAUUUGUAUACUUGGUGCCUCUAGCACUAAACAAGAUUUUCACGCCAAUCGAUCGGUUUCAAGGCAAGUGGAAGAACGCCCUAUAUGAAUUCAAGACGGAGGCUUGGAUAGGACUCCUGUUUGCUAAAUUGACGCACCUGGAGCGCAUUGAAUUUGAUCAAGGAAACUCACCUCUGUUUACCACUCUUUUAUACAAAGCUGCGAAGCGGGAGCAACCUUUUCAUGAAGCCCCACCAUUUCCCUUCCUCCGAGAAGUCAUCGCCUACUGUCGAGAUAAAGGUGACGGGGUCGACGAGCAUUUCCUAACACCGUUUCUCUAUUUCCCAAGUGUCCAGUCCAUCACAGGCUAUGCAAUUUGUGCAGAUGAUAGCAGUGAUGAAGAGGAGGAAAUUGAUUCUGGCAUUCAUGGGUCUCGCCUCUCAGCUGGUCCUGUUAAACAGAUCUCAUUAGACGAAGUCUGGGGGUGCACCGGGAUGCUCAAGUGGCUCAAAGUGUGCAAAGAAUUGGAACAUUUCUCAAUCGAGGCCUCACUUCACCCAGACAUGGAGGAUAUUGAAAAACUCCUUGAUACUCGAAAACUUUAUCAGGCUCUUCUUCCAUUCAAAGAUACCCUCAAAUCUCUCAGCGUGACAUAUGAUAAGGAAUACAAUACUUGUCUUUACAUGAAUGGGGGAAUCGGGGUUUGUGAGGAUAACAUCCCGUUUGAAUCCUUUCGAGAAUUCUCUGCCCUUGAGCAUUUGACUAUUCGGCAUGCCCACCUCGUAUCGAUUUUUUCGCACGCUGCUGUAAAGAAACCCAGCAUUGGUCGGCUUGUUGAUAGGCUUCCGAGCUCCCUGCAAACUCUUUCUGUCCAAGACGUUCUCCCCGAUAAUAGUGGUCUGCUGACGGAACUCUUAAUGGUUGUUCAAGAUCGAAGUUUGUUUCCUCACUUGAAGAGUUUGGAACUCAGGGACAAGCCUCUGGAUUCGCCUGUAUCAGAUGAUGAAACGAUACCGGAUGGAACAACAGUGGUUGGGGCAGCAGCGGGACUGAAUAUGGCUCUCGUAAAAGAAGAAGCCGACAGAGAAUAUGCGGAUACAGAAAGGUUGAGGCGGGAAUGUGAGGCUAGAGGCAUCGACAUGCAAUGGUUCAUGGAAGGAAUGUCGGACAGCGAAGACGAGGGUGAAGUACAUAAUGCAGGACAUUAA